GUAGGAGCCUCCAUUUCAGCACAAAGGGUGUAAUGGCAAGCAGCUGGAUUACAUACUCACAGACCAACAUGAUAAAGAGGCAUCAGGACCUUGCUGAUAACUGAAGACGUGAUGAUUCAUUUCUAAGCCUUGAUGUUUAACUGAUCUGCUCCACUCAUUUGACUAUUAAAGGACAAGCUUAGAUGGACUCCAACCAUCACAGAUCUGCAGAAACCUUCAUCUUUCAUAAAAACCUCAAAGUCCUGUCUGACAUGGGUCUGGCCCUGUGCAGACAGUCUCACAGCCACACGGCCAAAGUGGUUCUAGUGGGCCUGGACGGGGCGGGGAAGUCCACCCUCCUCCACCGCCUUCUUAGGGGCGAGCUGGCAUACACCACCCCCACCGUAGGCUUCAACGUGGGCUCGCUGGAGCUGGACUCUGGCCCGGAGCUGACCGUGUGGGACAUAGGGGGCCAGGGGGGCAUGCGCGCCCAGUGGGGAGACCACAUGGAGGAAUGCGAUGCCCUGCUGUUUAUGGUGGACGGGGUAGAGCGGGUACGGAUCGGGGAGGCAAGGGCGGCGUUGGGGAGAGUGCUGGGGGAUGAGAGGGUGAGGGGGGUCCCCCUAAUGGUGCUGGUUAAUAAGAUGGACCUCCCAGAGGCGAUGGGGCUCCAGGAGGUGACGGGCGGGCUGGGGCUGGAGCAGUGCUGGGAUAGAGACUGGGAGGUGCAGGGGUGCAGCGCUCACAACGGCCUGGGGCUCCAAGAGGCCCUGGACUCUUUGGCCACACUCAUCAGAAAGCGCUGAGGGAGAACUCAGACACACACACAAGGAUAUAUGGAAAACAUUGGCAAAUACACAGAUCAAUGGACAAGGAAUGGGCUCUCAUAUACAAACAGGUAAAGAAUAGGCACACACACAUUUGGACAAAAGGGAACCUGUGAGGCUUUUCAUAAGCUAACUGUGCUCCUAUUACUAACUAGCCCCAUGUCUCACAGUAUGCAUCAUGCCAGUAGGUUAUUUGAAUAUAGAAACAGUUGUGACAUUCACUAUGAAGGAAACUAUUCAAUGGGACUUGAGAAUCACAGAUUGGAAUUAAAUGGCUACUUUUAUCAAAAGGACAAAAGCCCAAUGGGAUCAUCCACCUGUUUUUACACUCACUGUAACAAUGACAUGUAUUUAACAUGAAACGAAUCUUCCCACAGCAAUGUCACAAGUGCCACUCAUUUUUACAAUUGACAGAAGAUGCAGUAUCGUUCUACACCACAAGGUGGUCUCCUUCUUUAGCCACAGUCCUGCUGGUUCUAGUUUCUCCCUGGAAGUGAAAUCAAUGGUUGCUACUCCAGAUUGAAGUGUUGACACUACCAGACGGAAGGGAUUGGUGAUACAGUUACAUUAAAAUAGAACCUUUAGUCGUAUAUUCAGUAAAGCUGAUUACUUUUUAUUGGUCUUAAGUAUUUGAGAGCAAAUGUGUCAGGUAUAUUUAUCCAGGUACCAUGUACAGCAACUCUAAAUCACAUACAUGAGAGCAGAGUCACUUUGUCCCUUCUUUCAGAAUAAGAGUCUCUCACCAAUUUUUCCAGACAGACAAUACACCUUGAUGUUACCGUACCCCUUGGAAUUUUCCACAUUUUGUUGUGUUACAGCCUGAAUAUAACAGAUUAAAAUGUUGAUUUUGUGACACUGGCCUAGACACAAUACCCCAUAAUGUCGAAGUGGAAUUGUUUUGACAUUCUUACAAAUUCUUUAAACCCUAAAAGCUGAAAUGUCAAGUCAAUAAGUAUUCACACCCUUUGUUAU